AUGUCCUUUUCAACAGCAAUCUGGGACUAUCCCUCUCCCUCCUCGACCACGCCCCCGGUCACCUCAGCAUGUGCCUCCUCCGCCUCGGUGGCAUCGCCCUCAGCUUCCCCGCCAGACACAUCGUUCCAAGUUCAGUCACAGCCCCUAUCGUCGGAAUCAACACCAAUGGUCUCGACUCCACCAGGGACCGUUGACCCGGCAGACAUCACAACAACUCCUGCUCCGACUUCCAAGAAGAAGAAGAAGAAGGCGUUGGUGCCAGUGAACCACGGCCCACUCCGGGAGGAAGACGACUGGACAAAGGUCAAGGACCCCAAGGAGAAGAAGAGGAUACAGAACCGGGUUGCGCAAAGGACAUACCGCCACCGCAUGAAGGCGCGCCUGGGCGAGCUUCAAGCCCGACUAGAUAGCCACGAGCGGAGCCAGACACAGCAGACAACUCCAGACAACAGCGACUCCUCUUCCACCACUGAAAUUGUUCGAGGCUUCACAGCCAUUAAUCAGAUGCCCGGCAUCGAAUCUCCUUCGUCCCCCGCCUCCCAGGACAAGGCUCCCAUGAGCCAGAUGCCCACAAUGCAACAGCCGGUCAUGUUUGAGCAGCCUAGCGAUGCAACCGAGCUCAUGUUCUCGCAGAUGCCUCGUAACUCUCUCGGCAGCCCGCAACAGACACAGCCCUCACCCGACGCCAACGGGCUUCUCUCUCCCCCGGGCCAUCAUCCACUUGGUGACCGGAGCUCCAAGGUUCCCCACGACUUUGUACUCGACUGCUUGCGCUUCCAGACGCACUUAUUGAACCGCCUCAACAGUUUGCAGCAAGAAGCCAGCUUCAACCCUUCCUUCGCACCCAGUAAUGGUGCAGGGCCACAAGGUUUAGACGGCGUGACCCAGGCUGAACAAGUGUCGUGUAUUGACGCCUUCUCUCCCAACCACGCGGAGACCAUGGACUUCUCCUUCGACGCCAACGUGGAUGCGUGGAAGAGCGACAGCAUGUCUAAAUCUCGGUCUACGCAUACGGCUACCAGUUCCAUUUCCUUUCCACCUCUUACCGCUGCUACCACCCCCAGCGCGGUCCUAGGAAGCCCCCUCAUUACGGACGCAAGCCACAGCCUGCAGCCAGCACCUCAACAAAGCACUCAGCAUACCUCCGUAGGCGAGAGCAUCGAAAGCAUCAUGGAAAACGUCCAGGCAGCUGGCUUUGACAGUUUUGAUGCCCUUGUCUCGGCCUACUAUUGCGAUACAUUUGCUGAGUCGUCUCCCCUAGCCAAUGAACAGCGCUUGAGUCGAAACAGGCGACUUCCCAAAGUCAUUGAUGAUGUGUUCCGAGCUACCAAGGGAUGGAGCUCAUGGGAGCGCCGUGGCUUUCAAGAGGAGAUUCUCAAGACCGCCGAAUCCAUGCUCACAUCAGAAGGCGCCGGCGCACGAUCUUCCUUGAUGUCCAAGAUUACUCCACUGCUUGAGUCGCACGAUACAUCCAACCCGGCGGCCACAGCAGAAGCACUGGUCAACCUGAAGCGAUCUAUCCAAGACGAGCUACCAAACUCAUGGGCUCUGACAAUGGCUCUUGCUGCUGACUCUCGAAACUCGUGGCAGAGAGAUCGUUCGAACACAGCACUGGCGACGACUCUCCUCGUCAACUUUUCAGGACGGAUACCCAACGAUCAGCUGCUGCAGAUACUCGGCGCAUGUCUCUAA